CGAAUUUUGGCAGAAGAAAAAAAACCAAUUACAGAGCUAAGCUUCUCUAAUAAUCUGAUUUAGAGGAAAAGUGGAACAAGCUGAGAACGGAAAAUGAAAGUGAUUAAGACGGUGAAGGCUAAAGUUAUGAAAAUGACCCCGGGCAGUUACAUGAUAAUCAAAAACUGCAAAUCAACAAUCAACCUCCUUCGUCUCCUCCUUCAUUACCCUUGCUCAAUUAAAGUCAAUAACAUUGCCGCAUCUUCAUUGAUCUUGUCUGUCCAAGGUAUAGUCGUUUAAACAGAUUAUUUACCUUCAUCGUCUUGACCUAUCUGUUUGGAUACAAAACACUGUUUGUGCUUGUUGUGUCAACAUCAACAUUUAAUUGUCAAAUUUAUCAACAAACUGUUUCUUUUAAUGUGAAUAAUGACAAUGGUUUUGUGAUUUGGAUAAACACGGUUACUUAAAAUUUUCAUUGAUACAAAUAUAAUCAUUUUGGACACUUAAAUCACUACAAAAUGGAGUUAUCUUUAUUAUUAUUUAUCAGCAUUGCCUUGAUUCCAUUGUAUGUUGAUUCCAGCUUAAAUGUGAAAGUAGGUGUUAAAUUACCCUCCAUUAAUGUCAAGAUUCCUCGAAUUAAGCUACCAACAAUUAAAAUAACCACAGUUAUCAAACACAGUCGCUCUAAAAAACCACUCAACAUAAAACUUCCAGCUAUAUCUUUUGAUACUGAAACUGAGAAAGAUAAAGAUGAUUGGUGGCAAUCAACUCCAGAACCAUGGGGUGAACCUGAACCUGAACCCGAAUCAAACUCAGGUUGGGAAAGUGAUCCAUGGGCAGCAUCAGGAGAUGAUAAAGCUUCUUCUGAACACGAACAGAUUGAUAAAUGGUUGGCCGAGAAGCGAAAAAAGGGAAUCGAAAAACUGACAGAUGGUUGGAAUGAAGUUAAAUAUGAUCCUUGGGCAUCAACAGAGGAUCGAUCAACCAAAAGUGGCCACUCAGAAGGGGACAGUAAAAGCGACAGACCCCAAUAUCCACCUUAUCCUUACCCAGCUUACCCUUACAGUGGCUGGCCCACUGGAGGUUGGUCAGGCUGGGGUGGCUGGUCACCUCCUGGAGCAUCUUGGUCAGGUUGGUCGUGGCCAUCCUAUCCUGGUCCGACUACAACACCAGCUCCAACAACUAAGGGUGAAAAGAAAGAGGAUCCACCAAAAGAUGAUGAUAAUUAAGUUUUCAGAUAAUGAUUAACUAAUUACUAUUUGUAUAUUUUGUAAAAACAUAGGAAGCUACUUAAGAUUAGCUUCAUAGUAUUAUUUUCAAUUUACUUUUCAUUUUCAUAGCACUUUUAACCUCUCUAAUCAAUUUUGAUCUUGUUUUUGGACUAAAUGACUUCACUAAUUGAUCCAAAUAUCCAUAAUAAUUUCCUGAAAUUAAUGGUAAUCAAAUGGACCUGACAGUGACUGGUUAAACAAUAUCACUUUUUCACGUCCAAAUGAAUGUUAACUUUCACUUCCGUUUAAUGGUUACAUCUUUUAUGGCCUGAGGUCAGUAUAACGUUACUUUCAAUUUCAGUCAAAUUAGGAAAUCAGAAAAUGUGCAAUUCAACGAUCUUUUCAUCAAUUAAUCUGAUGAAUGUUGAUGCUGUCCAAACUCAAGGAUCUAUUGUUUUUCCUUGUAUAAAUCAUUAGAUUGAUAAUGUUUUUAUCCAGAUGUUUCAAACUUUUAUAAUAUUAAUAUUUUUCAUGUAUUCAUUGGAAAUUAAUUUGACAAUGGGACAACUCCUUAAUAGCUUUUUUACCAAAUAAAUAAAAUGUUAUGAAACUCUUA